AUGAUUGCACAUUUUGUUGAGAAGGGGCUGGUUUGUUGUGAUUUAUUUUGACAAAUUUAUGGACAUUUAAAGAAGCUUUCAUCGCGAAAUACUCUGUAGAGUUCCUCGUUACUUACAGUGUGUUUUGUAAACCGAGCAAUAUUGGAAUGGUGAGGCUGCCACACAGCUAAAAUACAACAUGACAUCAUUCAAAUCAAGGCUGAAAGAGCUGGAUUGGAUGCUGGAAAGUGAUAUGAUAUGCUUGAAAUCACUUCGAAAAUUUUGUUUUCAAGGUAUUCCUGUGGAAAACGGUCGGCGAGCUCUGUGCUGGAAGCUGCUGCUGAACUACCUGCCGCCCAGCCGGUUGGCCUGGGAUGAGGCGCUGGACGGACAGCGCUGCGCCUACCGCCGCUUCGUCCGCGAGAUGGUGGUGCGUCCCGGUGGCGCCGCCGGCGGGUCCGCGGCGGCCCGUGUCGACGUCACCGAGCACGACCAUCCCCUCAGCGACCAGCCCAACUCGCAGUGGCAGACCUUCUUCAAAGACAACGACGUCCUGGGACAGAUCGACAAAGACGUCAGGCGUCUGUGUCCGGACAUAUCGUUUUUCCAGCAGCCCACCGAGUUCCCGUGCCAGGAGGUGGUGUGCGGCGACUACCACGAGCGGCUGCACGAGCGCGUGCAGCGCGUCUACCUGGACUCGGCCAGCGUGUGCCGAGUCGGCCUCGGCAUGCAGACGAAGGUAGACGCCAAGCGGCGCCAGCAGGAGCACGACUACGCGGCGCUGCCCGGCGGCCAGGAGGCCCACUGGGAGGUCGUCGAGCGCAUCCUCUUCAUCUACGCCAAGCUCAACCCGGGACAGAGCUACGUGCAGGGCAUGAACGAAAUCGUCGGACCCAUCUACUACACGUUUGCCUCGAACCCGGACGCACGCUGGCGAGAGCACGCGGAGGCGGACACGUUCGGUGUCUUCACCAACCUGAUGUCUGAGAUCCGCGACUUCUUCAUAAAGACGCUGGACGACUCUCACUCUGGCAUCAACUUCCGUCUGCGACUGCUGAUGGAGCGGCUGCACCACCACGACCCGCACCUGGCCGUGCGGCUCAAAGUGCAGCAGCUCUACCCGCAGUACUUCGCCUUCCGGUGGAUGACGCUUCUCCUGUCACAAGAGUUCACCCUGCCCGACGUGAUAAGAAUCUGGGACUCGCUGUUCGCGGAUGAAAAGCGCUUCGACUUUCUGACGGAGGUGUGCUGCGCCAUGAUGAUACAAGUGAGGGAGCAGCUCAUGUCCGGUGACUUUGCGCACAACAUGAAACUGCUGCAGAACUACCCGCCGAUGGAGAUUCGCACCGUCCUGGCCAAGGCCGAGUGGCUGCUGUCGCGGUGACACCCCGUGCCCGAGGGGUAGGGGGCCUGGCUGCGGCCGGCUGCUCGUCAAGGAGCUGUGUAUGCACCUGUUAUUUUCCUGUGUAUCGAGGUAUCGUGGUGGCGUUUGUUACGAGCGUCGUGAAAUGCUGUUGACAAGUCAGCAGAGUAUACUUAAUAUCCUGUGCAUGAUAUUCAUCAGUCAGUUUUAUAUGAAUACCAAGAUUGUUCAUACAUGUAUGCUCACAAGUGCUUCAUAUGUAUUGCUAUAAUAAUUCGGUACGCUGUGACUGCCAUUUAGAGAUCGAUCACUGACCGUCAUAUUUUGCUCAAAUGCGACGGAAUCCGUGAACUAAUCAAAAUGCAAAACUCUGGAGAUGCUAUCAGUAGUAAUAUUUUGCCGAUUAUAAGACAUGUAAUGCAACUUAUCGGGCUUUGGUUGAAGCAAUAGUUACUUGCGUAAAAUAAACUGGUCGCGUUGGGCGCUGAA